AUGCCCGAUAUUCUUGGUGCCCUCGAUGGCACACACCUGGCAAGUAGCCAUGGAACGGUGCAUUCCAUUUACCUUGGGCCGUGUGAACAUGAGCCAUGCCAGAUAACGGCCGGCCAGACAUACAACGCAACGAUCAACUUCACAGCUAAUGAAAACACUCCGACGGCGACGAAUGAGUGUCAAGGAGAAAUUGCGGGCGCCUGGGUAGACUUUCCGGUAAAGCCAAUUAAUGCAUGCGGUUACGGAGUGACGUGCCCCAUCGUGAAGGGCGAAACAUACACCUAUACUGCUAGCGUCACCUGCCCCGCGGACGUCAACUCUAUGCGAAUGGUAGGGAAAUGGAUGGUGAAAGAUGAUAUGAACAGAGAUAUUAUAUGUUUUGCGUUUCCACUUGUAAUUAAAGGAAAUUAA